CACCCCUUCCUCCUCCUCCUCCAAUCCGGCUUCUGCUCCGGGAAUGGGGUGUGUGAGCCCCCCUCCCAAACGGCCUGCUUCUCCCAGCAAUUCACUCCGGAUUGCUGCUCUGCCCCACAGCUCUAGGGGGGGCGCUUUCGGAAAGGGGAGGGAGAAGGGACCCCCCCCCCGUGGAUGUUGCAGGAAAGGAAAGGAGAAUCGGGAGCGAGGACAAAGAGGCAGUGUCAGAGUGACUGACAAGCUGAGAUAAAACCCAUCAGCAUCUGAUGACAGCGACUCCAUGAAUCUUCCCAGUCAAAGGACCCAUUUUCAUGAUAGACAGUGCCUGGGGCUGGAGGCUCUACACACCGGGUUUGCCUGUGCAGGCCAAAGACUGCCAGUAUUAGCACAGGAUUUCCUUUCUGCCGACUCUGAAAAAGGUGAUGGAGAAGACAGAAUUGCGGGGGACAGGGCACCUUUCGUUUCAUUAGGAAUAGCCAUUAAAAUGUGUGAAAUGUGGAAUAUGCUUCACUGAAUGAGCACACAUAGUUCACAUCAACAAACACAAAAAGGAAAGAACCCAUUUAAAAGUAUGGAGUGCGGAAAGAGCUUCUCUUUCAGUGCAAAACUUAGAACACUCGAGGAGACUCACACAGAAAUAAAAUGCUUUAAGUGCAGGGAGUGCGGGAAGAACUUCAGUCAGAGUGGAAACCUUAAAUUGCACAAACGGACUCACACAUGGGGAAAACAAGUUAAAUGCAUGGAGUGUGGAAAGAGCUUCAGUUACUAUUCAGGCCUUAGAUCCCAUCAACGGACUCACACAAGGGAGAAACCGUUUAAAUGCAUGGAGUGUGGAAAGAGCUUUAGUGGAAAUCUUAGAAGACAUCAACGGACUCACACAGGGGAGAAACCAUUUACAUGCAUGGAGUGUGGAAAGAGCUUUAAUGAUAGUGGACAUCUUAGAAGACAUCAACGGACUCACACAGGGGAGAAACCAUUUACAUGCAUGGAGUGCGGAAAGAGCUUCAGUUAUAGUAGAAACCUUAGAUCACAUCAAUGGACUCACACAGGGGAGAAAGCAUAUAAAUGCAUUGAGUGUGGAAAGAGCUUUAGUGAUAAUGGAAGCCUUAGGAACCAUCAACGGACUCACACAGGGGAGAAAGCAUAUAAAUGCAUUGAGUGUGGAAAGAGCUUUCGUGAUAAUGGAAGCCUUAGGAACCAUCAACGGACUCACACCGGGGAGAAACCAUAUGAAUGUAUGGAGUGUGGAAAGAGCUUCAGUCAGAAUGGAAACCUUAGAUCACAUCAACGGACUCACACAGGGGAGAAACCAUUUAAAUGCAUUGAGUGUGGAAAGAGCUUUAGUGAUAAUGGAAGCCUUAGGAACCAUCAACGGACUCACACCGGGGAGAAACCAUUUAAAUGCAUGGAGUGUGGAAAGAGCUUCAGAUAUAGUGGACACCUUAGAUCACAUCAACGGACUCACACAGGGGAGAAACCAUAUGAAUGUAUGGAGUGUGGAAAGAGCUUCAGUCAGAGUGGAGACCUUAGAAAACAUCAACGGACUCACACAGGGGAGAAAGCAUAUAAAUGCAUUGAGUGUGGAAAGAGCUUCAGUCAGAGUGGAGACCUUAGAAAACAUCAACGGACUCACACAGGGGAGAAACCAUUUACAUGCAUGGAGUGUGGAAAGAGCUUCAGUCAGAGUGCAGAGCUUAGAUCGCACCAACGGACUCACACAGGGGAGAAACCAUUUCAAUGUAUGGAGUGUGGAAAGUGUUUUCGUGAUCGUGGAAGCCUUAGAUCACAUCAACGGACUCACACCGGGGAGAAACCAUUUCAAUGUAUGGAGUGUGGAAAGAGUUUUAGUGAUAGUGGAAGCCUUAGAUCACAUCAACGGGCUCACACAGGGGAGAAACCAUUUCAAUGUAUGGAGUGUGGAAAGAGCUUUAGUCAUAGUGCAAGCCUUAGAUCACAUCAACGGACUCACACAGGGGAGAAACCAUUUCAAUGUAUGGAGUGUGGAAAGAGUUUUAGUGAUAGUGGAAGCCUUAGAUCACAUCAACGGGCUCACACAGGGGAGAAACCAUUUCAAUGUAUGGAGUGUGGAAAGAGUUUUAGUGAUAGUGGAAGCCUUAGAUCACAUCAACGGGCUCACACAGGGGAGAAACCAUUUCAAUGUAUGGAGUGUGGAAAGAGCUUUAGUCAUAGUGCAAGCCUUAGAUCACAUCAACGGACUCACACUGGGGAGAAACCAUAUAAAUGCAUUGAGUGUGGAAAGAGCUUCAGUCAGAAUGGAAACCUUAGGAAACAUCAACGGACUCACACUGGGGAGAAACCAUUUAAAUGCAUGGAGUGUGGAAAGAGCUUCAGUCAGAGUGCACACCUUAGAAAUCAUCAACGGACUCACACAGGGGAGAAACCAUAUGAAUGUAUGGAGUGUGGAAAGUGUUUUCGUGAUCGUGGAAGCCUUAUAUCACAUCAACGGGCUCACACGGGAGAACCUAUUUCAAUGGUUCCUGAGCCCCUCCCUUUUUCAUUUCAAGGAUUGGGGGUCCUGCACAGCUCUCAGGGCACCUAA